AUGGGAAUAAAAAUUGAUAUGGCCAAGGCCUUUGACAGAGUGGACUGGGUUUUUUUGAUAACAAUUAUGAAGAAACUUGGCUUUGAUGACCUAUGGUUCAAUAAGAUUUAUCAAUGCAUAUCAACCAAUACAUCAGCUGUUCUCAUCAAUGGUUCUCCUGACAAAUUCUUCAAACCCUCUAGAGGAAUAAGGCAAGAUGAUUGCAUGAUCUUCUGCAAGGCAAAUAAAAUAGAAGCGCAAAAUAUUAUGCAGCUCCUGCAGACUUUUGGAAAUACUUCUGGGCAGCUUAUCAACUUCCAUAAAUCUGGAGUCUUCUUCAGCAAAAACACCAACCCAGAGCUCAUUCCUCAAAUUAGCAAUGCUAUGGGAGUUCAAGUUCUUCAGCUCGAUGAUAAAUACCUAGGAUCUCCUUUUUUCACAAAUAGAAGCAAAAUCAACUCUUUCAAGCAUGGAGUAGAAAAAUUGAAGCCGAGACUCACUGGUUGGAAACAUACACCUCUUAACCCUGCUGGCAGAGAGGUAAUCAUCAAAUCUGUCACCUCUUCAGCUUGCAUUUACCAAAUGAACUGCUUUAAGGUUCCUAAGAAAACUUGCAAAGACAUUAAUAAUCUCCAAAGAGACUUCUUCUGGAGUAAGAACAUAGAGAAUCCUUUUUGUUAUUACCCUAAGGCUUGGACAGCAGUUUGCAAGCCAAAAGCUCUAGGAGGUCUAGGAUUCAUGAAUAUGGAAUUAUUUAACAACUCCAUGAUAACAAAAAUUGUAUGGAGACUUGAGCAAGAUAAAGAUUCUUUACGGUAUAAACUCAUGGAUGCCAGAUAUCUUAUAGGCAGAAAUGUUCUCAGCAUGAACACUAAAGCCAAGGAUGGGGACUCCUGGAUAUGGAAAGGAAUCCUAGAAGAGGAAGCUGACAAUACUUAUGCGCAUUACACCUGGAAUGCAGAAACAGGAUUUGGGAAACAUAUCAAUAUCUGUACUAUUCAAGAUCCUGAGAACUUUGUUUGUUACAGUGCCUUAACUAUGACAGAUUUUGCAGGAAACAUCAUUGGCUCUAGAGGACAUCCAGGAAACUAUGGAGAAGAGGGAGUCACAGGAGGCGUUGACCUAGAUUUGUAG